AUAAAAUGAUUCAAUGUAGAUCUAUACAAGUUAUUUCUCUGUACAGAAAACUACUUAGGAAGGGAAGAUCACUUCAGUUUACAGACAAAGAUUACUAUUUCCAACGAAUCCGUUCAGAGUUUGAGAAAAAUAAAACCUUAGAAAGGAAAGAAGAUAUUCAGAGAUGUAUUGAGAAAGGAGAAGUUUUUCUUGAAAGAAAUGCAUUAGUUUAAAAAGACAAAUUUAACUUAACAAGACAUCAAAAUGCAUAAUCCAGACCUCCACGCUGACUUAAUAUUGGCAAUUCAAAGUGGAGAUAACUCUGUUGUGAAAUCUGUAUUGGAUAUUGGAUGUGAUCAAGUAGCUCUUGAUUCUGCUUUGUGCUGGGCAAGCCGUUAUGGGAACAUUGAAAUUGUUCAGAGUUUAUUACUGAAUGGCGCUAACCCAAACGCACAAGUCUGGGGAGGAUUCACCCCACUUUUAUGGGCGGCUAUGUUUUCACCCAAUGUUAAUGUGUUAUCUGUGUUGAUAGAAGCAGGCAGCAAGGUUAAUUGUUUUUCAAAUAAACGUCGACAAACACCACUGCAUGCUGCUGCUAUCAGGGGAGAUAACUCCAUGACCUCAAUGCUUUUGGAAUCUGGUGCCAAUGUGGAUGCUCAAGAUUACAUGUACAAGACACCUCUUCUUCACGCUGUGUUGAAAAACAUUCCAUCUUGUGUAAAAAUACUUCUGCACCAUAACUGUAAUGUUAACAUGAGUGGAUGGUUUAACGGAACAAGUGUGUCACCACUAAUACAGUCAUUAAUUCAGAACCAGUUGGAAACCACCAAAAUGCUUAUUCUAGCUGGUGCAAAGUUCAACAAAGAAGCUAUAUACCAAACAUACACUAUCAAUCAGUAUUACCAUACAGCUGAAAGCUUUCACUUUGAUGUAAGACCAGUUUUUCUUCAGCAACAAUGUAGAAUCUGUAUUCGUAGUUUAUUGAAACCUAAAUUUCUUGAAAAAUUGAAUCAAAUGCCUUUGCCAACAUUAAUAAAAGAAUUUCUGAGCCUAGAUGAAUUGAAAUAUAUUUGAUUGCAUGUUAAUUGUUUUUUAUUUGAACUUAUAAUUUUUGUUUGACAUUGAUUGAUUUAUAUUAUGAAAAGAUUAAAAGUUAGAGUGGGGUGCUCAUUUUCGCCACAUCUUUCCAUGUUUUCUACCGUUUAUGUUCAGGUCUAUAUGUUUUUGAAGUAUACUGAUAUUUCUAUAUGAAGAUAACUUCAAAUGCAAAACAUUCCUAAGCUUGAAAAUAUGUUUGUUUGAAAAUAAUCAUCUGUAAAGUUAGAUUAAAGGUUGCUUGAAAUUUCCUGAAGUUUUGUCAAUUGGGGGCACAUAUUCGCCGUUUUUACAUAUCUAUUUAAAACCAAAUAACUGCAGCUUUAUAUGAUAUUUAUCAAAUGAAUUUCAUUAUAGAUGAACAGCAGACAUUUCAAAGGUGUAAAAAACAGAAAAUUAGGCCAAUCAGUCAAAAUAUAACUAGGAAAAAAAUCUUUGAAAAUCCUGUUUUCCUUCAGGAAAUUGACCGAAAAUUGUUGUCCGUUUUUCGAUCUUUUGCAGUAAGUGCCGUUAUUUUGUUUUAAGUUUAAAAAAUAAUCAUAUUUGUUAUAAAAUGAUAAUUUAUCGGCAUAUUUCUUCCAUUUCAGACAUCCUUUGAAGUGUUUACACCUCAAAAUCACAAAACGGCGAAAUUGUGUCCACGGCGAAUAUGGGUCCCCCACUCUAAAUAGAAAGUUAUCAAUAGAUAUAUAUAUAAAUAUAUUCAUUUGUUUUGUUUUGACUACCUGUUAUUAUACCAAUUUACAUGUACAUGUAGAACUCAUUUUGAUGUGUAUUUAUACAUAAUUAUAUGUACUUAUGUAUAUGUAUAUAUAUUAUAUACGAAUCUGCUUUUUGAGGUCAUCAAAUCUCUUUGAAUUUUUUGUUCAACUGAAAAUUUGGAAUCUAUUAUAAUUGGGUGGUACUAUUUGCUCAUGAAAAAGAAAUAAUGGGAUGGUACUGAAAUCUAUUAAUGCGAUACACUAUUAUGAAGCUAGAAACAAAUGAUAGAAAUUUGAAUACAUAUGAGAUAAUAGCUCGCAUUUUUAGAAAACCAAAAGUAUUACUAGGUUUACAAUACUAGUUUUCAUGAUACAUUAUGAAAUGCAUAUGUAGAAAGAUUCACAGUACACCUUUUAUAAAAUUUUAAAACCCAUCUUAUUUAGCAUGUUUUACCAAGUUUUACCUUUAUAUAAAAAGGAAGUUUUUGAAUAUAUACAACAUACAUUUGUAUUUGAGGUUUAUCUUACAAUUUUAAAGAUAUAAUUGGCUUUAUCAAACACAAAGACAUGGUAGCCUGCUAGUGUAACUUCUGAUACAAUAUUUUUGCUUUUCAACAUGUUUCAACAGUAAAUGGGCUAUAAGAUAUCAACAAAUUUGCUAACAGCUUUGGCUCAUAGAAAUAAUAAGUGAAGUUAAAAAAACAUACACUUUAUUUUAUUCUUUAAACACUACUGAAUGGAUUCUUUCAAACUAAGUAAACAUAUAUAUAGGUAGCACACAAAAAUGGUGAAAAACUUUCUCAAAUAUGUCUUAACAUCUUCAACUUGCCAAAUUAAAUUCCAUAUAUUUAAAAACAUUUAAAAAUGUUGUUGACCAAAGGUGUAUGCACAUUUUUAUAAAAUCUUUUACAUAGCCCAUUUAUAACUGUAUCUUGUCUCAGAUACUGGUAACAGUGCAUUUAGCAUUUAGAGGAAUUUUAACUCAUUUUUCAUUCAAAUGCAUUUUUGUUUUGUUAUAUAUUAUGAAUUAAUUAAUAUUCUUUAUUUGAGAAAUAAUUAUUUUAACCAAGUUUUAAUUUUAGUGUGAUUUUGGUGAGUCUCCACUAUCAUGACUAUUUUAAAAUAAUAUGUUACUAUAAAUACAAUAUAGUUAAUUUAGUUAUGUGAUAUACCAUUAUGUGUUGGUUUUGUUAUUUUUGUUUGAUUAAAAGACAUUUCCAUUUUGUUUUA